CUGAGUGGCUUAAAAGCCUUGCUGAAGAGAUGUGUUUUCUCGGGAGUUGCAUGGCAAAGUAAGCUCUGCCCUGAGUGAUCAGCCCAGAAAUCAUCUCCUGGCUGUUACCCAAACAAAACACGGGAUUAACUUUGCCCUAUGCAUGUGUGCUGGCUCCUAGCUGUUAAGAGUCAGAGAGAGUGCUUAAUCGUUCAGUCUGGGAGGAUCUGUGCCUGUAGACAUGGGAGUCAAGCUGCUCUGCCUCUUCCUCGCUUCUGCCCUCGUUGCUUACUACAUCUACACCCCCAUCCCUGAGGAUGUCGAGGAGCCCUGGAAAGUGAUGCUCAUCACGGCUGGCUUCAGGGCCGUCGGGCAUCUGGUGAGUUUGGUGCUGAGCUUGCUGGGUCUGAUGCACUAUAUGGAAGCACUGAUGCUGAUCACGGCUGUUGAAUACAUCGCGCCCACGUCCGAUGAAAAUGUCACUGUGACGGACACAGAGUUCAGCAACGUUGCCAUCCGUCUGUACCUGCCCAGAAAACCAUCUGAUGGGCUGAGGAGGGCGGUGGUCUACUUCCAUGGUGGAGGAUGGUGCCUAGGACAGGCAGGCAUGAAAUCCUAUGAUCAUCUGACAAGAUGGACUUCAAACAGAUUAAAUGCUGUCGUGGUAUCAGUCAAUUACAGGUUGGCACCUAAAUACCAUUUUCCCAUUCAGUUUGAAGAUGUAUAUUCGGUAACGAAGUUCUUCCUCCAGAGCAGCAUCCUCUCCCAGUAUGGGGUGGACCCAGACCGGGUCUGUGUUGCAGGAGACAGUGCAGGUGGCAACUUAGCUGCAGCUGUGGCACAACAGCUGUUAAAGGACUCUGAAGUCAAAACUAAACUCAAAGCCCAAGCUUUGCUUUACCCUGCUCUUCAAACACUUGACCUGAAUUUGCCCUCUUACCAAGAAAAUGAAAACAAGCCCAUUUUACUCAAGUCACUUAUGGUCAAGUUCUGGAGUGAAUAUUUUACUUCUGAUCCAUCUCUCAGGGAAGCGAUGGCCUCUAACAGGCAUGUCCCUGUUGAAUCGAGCCACUUGUUUCAGUUUGUAAACUGGAGCAAUUUGCUGCCUGAAGAGCUGAAGAAAGAUCAUGUUUACACCAGUCCCACCUACGGGAGCUCCGAGCUUGCACAGAAGUACCCAGGGUUUCUGGAUCCGCGGGCGGCCCCGCUGCUGGUGAGCGAUGACCAGCUACGCAGGCUGCCUCUCACCUACGUCCUCACCUGCGAGCACGAUGUCUUACGGGAUGAUGGAGUCAUGUACGCCAGGCGCCUCCAGGCAGCGGGUGUUUCUGUCACGCAUGAUCACGCCAAGGAUGCCUUUCAUGGGGUGAUGAUGUUUGUCUCUGGUCCAACCAAGCUAGCUGUAGGGCAUCGGCUGCUGAACAGAUAUAUUGAGUGGUUAAAUGAGAAUCUAUGA